AUGAUUCCCACUGGGUUUCAGUUCAUAAACCACAAUCUGCUUGCCAAUAUCAAUGCGCAACAACUCCAAUUACAACUGCAAGGGCGAGGAAGUGAGUUUUCCUUGUUUUUUAAUCGAAUUUGGUCAAUUAGAAACGUUCAAAAUCUAUUAAACAGGUGAAUUCAACUUAACAGUCAUUAUUUUUUUGUGUUCCUUUCACACACCGCUGUGGGUCCGUUAUAACAUAAAAGGGAGCAUUUUGGCGCUACAACGAAGUAGAACUCGCACGGAAUGGAACUGUUACGAUUUAGAACUCGCAACGUUAAAAUAUAACUGCGAGUUCCAAAUCGUAACUGUUCCAUUCCGUGCGAGUUCUACUUCGUUGCGCUAGCAUUUCCACACAUGGAUCCAAUGGGGCGCACAAUAAACCCUUAUAUAAUUCCUAAUGGACCCGCCCCGAUUUAUGUACGUACGCUUUUCGAAAACAAUUUCGGGUUGAUCUUCUCAAUAAAAACAUCGCAAAUAGAAAAAGAAAGCCAAGAAGUACGCGUCGUUCUCACAUGCUAAUUGACACUUUUGUGAUGCCAAACACUAUUAUUCUGCUCUGUUUGACAAACGAAUCGUGUUUGCGGGUGACGUGCUCCUAAAAUAGUAUUUUCUGAACAGAAUAACUGCUAUCUUUCCAGUUGUGAUGCCAGGUGCAGGAGCCCUCCCACAGCUUCCUCUGGGCUUCCCGAACCCCGGCUCUCUUCCCGCUCAAGCUGCCGCUGCCGCCCAUGCUGCUGCAGCCGCUGCGGCACCGACUCGCCCCUCUCCGAUGCUCGUUCCGCCCGGAAUGGGGCUUGACGACUCGGUUUCUUCGCCGGCCGAUUCAGAAUGGACUGAGCACAAACACACCGACGGACGGCUCUAUUACUACAAUCGGAUAACGAAACAGUCGAUGUGGGUCAAACCCGAUGCUUUGAAAACUCCGCAAGAGGUGAGUACCCACUUUUUUCAUCGAAAAUGGAUUGAAAGUUUUAUUGUAGAGAGCAGCGAGUGCACAGUCUCAGCAGCAGCAAGCAUCAGGACAGUGGAAGGAGUUCUUCACGAAGGACGAAGGAAGGCCUUAUUACUACAACACAGUAACGAAGAAGACGCAGUGGACGAAGCCAGAAGGUGAAGACGUUAUCAGUAAGAAUAGCACUUUCCAGUGUACUCUUUUCAAUUAAGCUGUUCAGAAGGCGAACAGAAACCAGCGACGGUGUCGGUGGAAAACGCGGCGUUGGCGGCAGCUGUGCAACAGAAAAAGGCGGAAACUGAUCUGGAGAAGGCAAUGAAAAAGACACUUGCGGAGAUGCCGAACGUCCCGUUGCCGGCCGAGAAGAAAGAGGGCGAUGCACAAGUGAACGACGAGGCGGAGCUGAAGAAACGGCAGUCCGAACGGUUCCGGGAUUUGUUGCGCGACAAGUACAACGAGGGAAAGAUAACGACGACGUGCAACUGGGACCAAGCCGUCAAGUGGAUCCAGAACGAUCCUCGCUUCCGUAUUCUGAACAAAGUCUCCGAAAAGAAACAGCUGUUCAACGCCUGGAAAGUGCAACGGCAAAAGGAGGAACGAGUGAGUGAAUGGGCCAACAACUUUAUGAACUAA